GUCCGAGAUACCGAUCGCGACUUUUCACCUUUCCAUUGCCUUCAAUGGUCCGUCUAAUCACUCACAAUCUUUUGGCAUGUCAUGUCAAAGGAUGCACUUCCAAUAAUUUCCCGCUGGAGUUUAAGGAUGUGCAGGUUGAGCUGCGCGACGCCGAAUUCAAUUCCGAUUUUCUCAGAGGCUUCAUUCCCAAAAUUGAAUGGAAGGCUUUAGUUGACGCUGCCAGACAGGUAGGAAAUACGUCUCUUCCAUUAGAGCUGCCUGAAAUGUUGGACGAUGAUUUCUUGAAAAGUCUUCAUCAUGUUUUGCUUGAAAUACAUGUAGAAGAGGGUUCUAUGACCUGUCCUAACUGCCAUCAUGUCUAUCCCAUAUCCAAUGGAAUCCCAAACAUGCUUUUGGCAGAACAUGAAAUUGGCUAGCGCUUCAAUUAAUUAACGAAUGUAGAAC